AUGGCCAAGGGAGAUAAACCUUUGCGCUUACAUGAAAUUCGCGAGAAGCUCACCAAAGCUUGGGCUCCGGUAAAUAAAUGGCAAAUCACUCCGUUGGGGAAGGGCUUUUAUGAGUUUUAUUUUCAAAAUUGUGAAGACCUCAAUCGGGUUUGGAGCAUCGGAACAUGGAACCUUAAGCCGGGUUUGUUACGUCUGUCUGCUUGGUCCAGUGACUUCAAACCUGAAAACUUGAAGGUUACUAACGCUCAAAUUUGGAUUCGGAUUUAUGGUCUGCCACAAGAAUAUUGGAUGCCUACGACUCUUUUUUCCAUUGCAUCUGGAAUAGGUACACCUCUUUCUUUGGAUGAAGCAACUAAACAGCGCACCAUGGGUCACUUUGCGCGCAUUUUGGUUGAUGUUAAUCUUGCUGAGGAGCUGCAUUAUCAGAUUCUUGUAGAAAGGGAAGGGUAUGCCUUCUUUGUUGACAUAGAUUAUGAAAACUUGCCAUAUUUUUGCGAACACUGUUGCUGCAUUGGCCAUUCUAUUGACAAGUGUAGAAACGUUAACAGCAAGGCAAAGGACCAAAAGCAAAGUGUGGAGAAGGUUGUUCCUAACAAACCUAUUCCAAAAUUUGUCCCGAAGCAGAAAAAUAAGAACAAUGAACCUGUCCAAGACAAUGGGAAAAUUAAUGAAGAAGUCUCUGAUUAUAAAUCUGAUCAAGAGAAUGCGGAAGUGGUGAAAGACACUUUUGAAGAACCUAUAAUGAAUAAGGAGAUGCGUGCAAAUAAUGGAAAUCAUGCUGACAUGAUUGUGGAGCAUGCAGAAAAUGACAAAAAUGUGGAUGCUUCUGUGGAUCAUGCACAACAUCAUGAAAUUCUGAAUCCUCGGAUGGUAGAGCGAACAAGUGACAUUCCAGUUGCUCAUGAGAGAGACCACAACUUAGAUGAGAAUCCAUCAUCAUGGGCAGAUGAAGUUGAUGAUUCACAUGAUGAAGGAGGUGAAUUCACAGUUGUAACCUCAAAGAAAGAGGCAUUGGAAACCUUGACACAAGGUUAG